GGCCCAACAAGUCAAAACCCUAGCAUCCCCCAAGACGCCUCUCCCCCGGCUCCCUAUAUACACCUUCCACGCGCCGCCACUCUCCUUCCCCAGCCGGAGGCCGACAAGGUAAGAAGAAGCCGCGAACAAACCCUACCGCCACCGCCGCCGCAGCAGCCAUGGGUAUCGACCUCGUCGCCGGCGGGAGGAACAAGAAGACCAAGCGCACCGCGCCCAAGUCCGACGAUGUGUACCUUAGGCUCCUUGUUAAGCUCUACCGUUUCCUGGUGAGGAGGACCAAGAGCAAGUUCAAUGCCGUCAUCCUCAAGAGGCUCUUCAUGAGCAAGACCAACCGCCCGCCGCUCUCCAUGCGCCGUCUCUCCAAUUUCAUGAAGGGGAAGGACGAGAAGAGCAUCGCUGUGAUUGUUGGUACAAUCACAGACGACAAGAGGAUCCAAGAGAUCCCGGCAAUGAAGGUCACUGCCCUGAGGUUCACAGAGACAGCCAGGGCCAGGAUUAUCAAUGCUGGUGGGGAGUGCCUCACAUUUGACCAGCUUGCUCUUCGUGCUCCGAUGGGGGAGAACACGAUCCUCCUGAGGGGACCCAAGAAUGCCCGUGAGGCGGUUAGGCACUUUGGCAAGGCUCCUGGUGUGCCGCACAGCCACACCAAGCCGUAUGUGCGCUCCAAGGGGAGAAAGUUUGAGAAGGCUCGUGGUAGGAGGAACAGCCGUGGAUUCAAGGUCUAAGUCGGUCCAUCUUGUUGCCAUCUGGACCGUUCUGUUUGAGCAAUUGACAGUAAUUAGUAAGCUUUGUACUGAGUAGCACAAUCUAUCGCCCUGGUUUGAAUGAUACUUUGCAAGAUUGUUAUCGCUGUCAACUGUUUUGAGUUUCUGAAGACAAUUUUUGUUGCACCCCAUCAGGGCUUAAAA